GCCCGUCGCCGCCCCGCGAGCCCCGCCGCCGCCGCCUCGGCCGGGCAAGAUGCCCCGCCGGAAGCAGCGCCACCCGCAGCCCGUCAAAGUGGACGCGGCGGGCACGGCGGUCGAUCCUCCGGGCGAGGAGGGCCUGGCUCCGCCGGGCGCCUUCCUCUCGGAACACGAGCUGGAGCUGGAGGACGAGGACGACGAGGAGGAGAGCGGCGCCGCCGCCAGCCUGGCCUUCGAGAAGGACUCGGAAGACUCCCUCGGGGGGACGCCCGGACUCUCGUCCUACGUGCUGAGUGAUGAGGAGUUCCCGCCACUGUGCCAGGCCCAGGACAAUGGCGAGGGGCCCGGCCGGGCUUGCCAGCACUGCGGCCUGCCUGCGCCCGCCUCUGCCGCCUGCUGCCUGCCCGAGGAGGAAGAGCUGGAGGAGGAGGAGGAGGAGGAGGAAGAAGGUUCCGCCAAGGGGCGGGUGGUCUUCUCCUGCCAGCUGUGCCCCUUUGCCUCGCACUACUCCAGCCACCUCAAGCGCCACAUGAAGACCCACAAUGGGGAGAAGCCCUACCGCUGCCCGCACUGCCCCUACGCCUCAGCCCAGCUGGUCAACCUGACACGCCACCUGCGCACCCACACGGGAGAGAAGCCCUACCGAUGCCCCACCUGCCCCUUUGCCUGCAGCAGCCUCGGCAACCUCAAGAGGCACCAGCGGGUCCAUGGCCAGGAGCGCCCGCUGCGCUGCGGCUCCUGCACCUGCCGAUGUGCCCGGGGCAACCCCCUGCAGCGCCACAGCCCCGGGGCGCAGGGGGAGUCGGAGGCGGAGAUGGAGGGCCCAGCGACUGCAGAGCAGGAGACAGAGCCUCCGCUCUUGGCCCCAGGCUCCCCGUUCCUGAGGUCCGAGGACUCUACGGCCGUCCUCCCGGAGCUGCUCUUCCCCUUCACGUGCCGGGCGUGCGGACUAGUCCUGGAGGCGGACGAGGGCCUGGGCGAGCCGGUGUGUGGGCGCUGCAGCCUGGCGGUGCUGGGGGCCGAGCCCUCGUCACCCAAGGGCUUCUCGUGCCAGCUGUGCCCCUUCGUCACCACCUACCCCAACCACCUGGCGCGGCACAUGAAGACGCACAGUGGGGAGAAGCCCUUCGCCUGUGCCCUCUGUCCCUACGCCUCGGCCCACCUUGACAACCUCAAGCGCCACCAGCGGGUGCACACGGGAGAGAAGCCCUACAAGUGCCCGCUGUGCCCCUACGCCUGCGGCAACCUGGCCAACCUCAAGCGCCACGGCCGCAUCCACUCGGGGGACAAGCCCUUCCGCUGCCGCCUCUGCUCCUACUCCUGCAACCAGAGUAUGAAUCUCAAGCGCCACAUGCUGAGGCACACGGGCGAGAAGCCCUUCCAGUGCCGCAUCUGCCCCUACACCACUGGCCACUGGGACAACUACAAGCGUCACCAGAAGGUGCACGGCCAGGGCCUGCCCGAGGAGGAGGGGGGCCCCAGCCUGGACAGCAGCCUGCCUUGAGGGUCAGCGGGGGGAGACCGCGGGCACCCGCCACACCAAGGCCCCAGCCUCCUCUCUGGGUGCCUCUGCAUAGGAAUAGGCUCAGACUGCAGGAGGAGGAAGAGGGGGCCUCUUCCACUCGCCAAACAACCCCCCCAAGACUGGGGGAAGCAGCUGUAGGGACCUUUCGGGGGGGGGAGUGGAGUUUGUGCCAGCAGCGGACCACUGGGACCUCCUUGGCCAAAACGCAGCUGGGCACUGCCUGCUCCUGAGGAUUGGGCCCUUUUCACGUCACCUGGAAAAGAUUGUAUCUGUGGGGCAGCAGAACACUCCCCCCCCCAAAAAAAAACUCCGACUGAGGGCGGUUCUUGGUGCUUUUCUGUCCUCUCUGUGCCUCCUCCCCAGCCCCUUUUAACUGUGGUUGCUGCUUGAAUCUGUGUAAUUUAUAUCGUGUAUUAAUGCAUUAAACUGUUUUCUUAUCUUGCUUUAUUUUGGCUGGGGGAGAGCAGCAGAACCGAAACUCACAGGCGGCAACUGGCAUUGCUGGGAGGUGGCUCCCCCCUCUCCCCCGUAAACCCUUUCUGGGUGAAGCAGGAGAAACACGGCUCACACAACUCUCUGCAAAUCUAUCGAACUCUGCAAAGACCAGACAUAAAACUUGGGCAUUUUUAUUCCACCAAGUGGCCCAGCUGCCACUGCGGUUGGAGCGAUUGAGAAGAACACUAUGGCCAUACCUAGGUUUGCGGCCACAAUCUGUUCCGGGGAGCCGGUCACUCCCUGAAUCGGUCGCUCCACGAUGCACGCUUCUGAGCGUGCGCAAAGCACCGAUAGAGCGCUUCUGCGCGUGCUGCACAGAUCGCUCCUGUGCAUCCGAGCGCCGCGGAAGCCGGAUGUAAACACUUCCGGGUCCGCGGUGGUCGGAAACUGAAGCAGUCGCAAACCGAGGUAUGACUGUACAACACUCCCAGGGAUGUGGAUUAUCGUUUAGAAACAAAUUUACUUGUAGCGAUUAUUUUCUGUUUAUUGAAAGGAGGAAUAUUGGGCGGGACUUUGGUUUUGGGACAUCCUGUAUCGCCCUUGAACAUGGUAUUGCAUAUUUUAAGGAAAGGCUGUCAUUUAAAAGAAACCAGACCCUUGGUGGAAUAUAAAUGCCCAAUUUUUACAUCUGGUCUUUGCCAAGCUCCAUAGAAUUGCAGAGCGUUUGGCGAGCUGUUUCUUCCUCUCUCUGUAUUCCUUUGUGUUGCGUAAGGCAGGAGGAGACGCAGACAGGACUUCCCAAUCAUGAUCUAUUUAAUCAUUGCCACAAACAUUCGUUCGUGUUCAUCUGUAAACAGCAGGGAGAUUAAACAAGGAGAUUACAAGCCUAGCAGUUACACAGAAGUCUAUUGGCCAGCGCCAGAGCUGCGUCGGAUCGCUGUGCAAAAUGUCCACUCUAUCCUAAUUUGGCGCGUAUGGAGCUGAAGCCGCCAGCCGGCAACCCCACCCCCUGGCGAGGUGGGGUGUGUGGAGCCGGCUGGGGUCGAGGCACAUCGAGGUCAACCCGGGAGGUCGUACAUUCCACGCGGGGGGUGGGGGGUGGGGCAGGCUGCCUACAGGUCCUCGUCGCCGAUGCCCUCGAAGGCGUAGUUGCCAUGAAAAUCGUUCGCCCCGAUGUCCGUGGCGGAGCUGGAAUGGCUGAUGGCUCUCAGGCUGACCGAGCUGAGCUUGCUCUGGGGAAGGAAGGAUGAGGGGGGAGAGUGAGAACAGGCAGCCCCUUGGAGCUGGGGCUAGAUGACCCCUGGGGUCUCCUUCCACAAGUCAGGGAUCGAGGGAGAGGCAAAGGGAGGCGCUACUCACCGCAACCUUCGUGAGGGAGUCCCGGCUGGCAUCGGGCGAAUCCUGCUGGGACAGGCAGACAUGUCAGAGGAGACCAAGCCCCCCCACGGGCAAGCUGGGGCAGGGGUCUAGCGGGGUUAGGGGCUUCUUACCAGGAGAGGGGGGGACUUCACAGCUUGCUGGCUGUCGGAGCGCUGCAGGGCACCGUUGGUUCGCCGGCGAAACAGCUUGUGGGGGGGGGGGAAUGACAGCGAAGUAGGUGAAUCUCGUGCUCCUCAGAAACAGGGUGGUCCUGUUUCAGCCCCACUCUAAUUGGGACAACCGGGAAAGCAGAGCAAGAUUGCUGCCCCCCGCCCUGCCCCCCCAGGUCUGCUGGGGGCCCAGAGCCUCACCUUGCGGAUGCUGCCCCCAGACUUCUUGACCAUCAGCUCGUCCACCAUCGACUGCAAACAGAUGCUCAGCAUUAUCGCCUGCGGGGGGGGGGGAACGACACGGAGAGAUCUUGUGAUGUUAGUCCCAUGUGCCACGCUGCCCCCGCCCCCCCCCCCAGCAAGAGCCCCGGUUUUGCUGACCUCAGGCAGGAAGUCCAGCCUCUUGCGCCAUAUUUUUGGGGCUGUGAGUCAGACUAGAAUAAAAUCCGGUUUGCAUUUCUCAAGAA